AUGUUGACAAAUGGUGUUCUACUUACUCUACUAAAAGAUCCGUUGAAUUACUUCAAUUCGUCGACAACUUAUUUCAUAAUAAGUUUGGCUGUUGCUGAUUUGCUGACCGGCAUGAACGCCUGCGCAAUGGGAUUGGACGAAAUCCUGGCGUUGAACGAAAAUCACAAACUGUAUCUCCUCUGUCUAUUUUGGAUAACGAUUCAAGCCUCGUUCCUCACGUUGUUAGCAAUGUCGUUCGAGCGCUUUCUCAUCGUGAGGUAUCCCAUCUACUGUCGCGUGUGGAUCACGAAGAAGCGUGUGCUUAUGGUGAUUGCGUGUAUUUGGUGCAUAUCAACAAUUCUUGGGGAUUGCGACACGAGCAGCACGAAGACAAACACAACAGCAUUGUUUAGCAAAGAAACAGCUCCGGCAUCGUUACAAAUAACGGAUAACGUGAGCUCCAGUCAAAGCGAAGUAACGGAAACACUUUUGAAAGAUGAAAAAUACCCAGAUAGCCAGAACAAGAAAGUGGAAAAUGAUAACACGUCUGAGAGCGAUUCAAAGAAAAAGCAAAAAAUUGUUUGGGGUUGUGAUGGAGGAAGCUUCCUACGAAAGAAAGCGGACAAACUUUUCGACAGAAGAAGAAAGAAACGCACAGAAAAAUCAAUAAGUUCUCAACAAGAUAAACUAACAAAUGUUGUGCUACUUCUUGUGGGUAUUCUACUAUUAAAUUUUGCAUUGAAUCCGCUGGUCUACGCAUGGCGGCUUCGUCAAUACAGAAAAUCUUUGAGAUAUUUAUUCACAAAACGAGAAAAGUUAGCACGAAUGUGCUCCUCAACACGCAACAAGAGCAAUAAAAAGAGACUCGGCGAAAAUUCACCCGUUGAAUGUUGAAUAAAGAAAGACCUCAAAUCGUUUCACGGCGUAUCUGUAACUUUAAAGGUGUAAAAAAACCAACUGGUUUUGUUACUGCUGGCUGCGACGAGACUGAAAGCGCGAGUGCAUAUUGAAUAUGUCGACGAAAUACGAAAAGUACUGAAAGGUUGUCUGAUAAAUGCUUACAAUAACAUUAAAUUUUAAGAUGAUCAUUAUAAUAAAUGUUUAUUUAUCGUAAUUAUAUAAAUAGCUCAUCAAGUA